CACAAAAACCCACCGACAAAACAAAUACCGCAUAGAAUAUGGUGGAACGACGGAAUGACGACUAUUCCGGUACUAGGCCGCAUCGGCCUUGGUUGCUUCUAGUAGUUUUCAUGGCCUUUUCUGGUUGUGUUAGCUCCAACAAGGUUUCGCAGGUUGCCACCCUGUGCGAGAAUACUAGAUAUCCGAGGUUGUGCGUUGACUCCUUGUCCGGGUUGACCGGCGGCGGCGAUGUCCAUUCCGCGGCGGCUGCGCUUCUCAACCAGACGAUCUACCAGGCCGACCUCCCCUUUUUUGAGUUUGACAAAUUUAGCUCCCACUUCGUUUCUUCACAUCCAAAACCCACCCUACGGGCAAUAGAUUAUCUACAUCAAAACAGUGUCAAGCAGUGUCAAACAGUGUCCAGACAGUGUUCAAACAGUGCAAAACAAUGCACUCCACAGUUGUUUUUGGGACAGAGGGAGCAUAUUAGUAAAAUCUCACUGGUUUUAAAUUUAGUUGGUUUUUGUAAUGAAAUGAUGGAAAUGAGUCGACAACGACUAAAUCAAGCCAUGACGGAUCUAAAAGAGUCACCGGAGAAGCAGAAGCAGGACAUCCAAACAUGGCUGAGCGCCGUCGUGACAUUCCAACAAGCUUGCAAGGACUCCGUCGACACUUCCGCUCUUUCUUCUUCUUCUUCAUCUAAUACGAAAGAGCUAUUAGCUACGAUUUCCCACACCGUAAGUUUUCACUCCCAACUAGCCAGUAACGCAUUAUCACUGGUCAACCGCAUGACGGAAGAUGUCGGCGGCGGAAUCUCCGGCAGGGGUAUAUCCGGUCGCCAGAGGAAAUUACUGCAAUCGGCGUCGGACAGGAGCAAAGCCGACGUCGUCGUCGCGAAAGACGGGACCGGGAACUACAAAACGGUGUCGGAGGCCGUUCAGUCUGUUCCUGGAGGCCGACGGUUUGUGAUUUACGUGAAGUCGGGAGUUUAUAAGGAAAACAUUCACAUCAGUAAAGACGGCGUCACGUUGAUCGGAGAUGGGAAGUAUUCUACCAUCAUCACCGGAGAUAGUAGCGUCGGCGGCGGCUCUUCUUUGCAAGGCUCUGCAACUUUCGUAAUCACCGGCGAUGGAUUCGUCGCUAAAGAUAUUGGAUUCGAAAACGCAGCGGGACCGGAAGCUCAACAAGCUGUGGCUUUAUUGGUAGCUUCGGACCGCUCCGUUUUCUACAGAUGCAGCAUUUCGGGUUACCAAGACACACUCUACGCCUUUUCCUUCCGCCAAUUCUACAGAGAGUGCGACAUCUCCGGCACCGUUGACUUCAUCUUCGGCAAUGCGGCAGCGGUUUUUCAAGCCUGCAAUCUCGUCCUCCGCCGUCCCGCCAGCUCCCAAUCCUACAACGUCAUCCUCGCUAAUGGGAGGUCAGAUCCGGGCCAGAGCACCGGGUUCUCGGUUCAAAAUUGUAAGAUUACUGUAGGGUCCGAUUUCUCUUCUGUGAAGAAUACAUACCUGGGGCGGGCCUGGAGGGAGUACUCAAGGGCGGUGGUGAUCGAAUCGGAUAUAGGCGGAGCGAUAUCUGAGAGAGGGUGGAUCGAGUGGCCCGGAUCUUCGUCAUCCUCCCUCGGGAAGCUCUAUUUUGGGGAAUAUGCGAAUGUCGGUGCUCGGGCCGGGUUGGGUGGAAGGGUGAAUUGGCCCGGUUUCCAUUCCAUGGCGAGAGAGGAAGCCGAUAAAUUUACAGUGGAGAAGUUCAUCAUCGGCAACUCGUGGCUGCCUUCCACCGGAGUCUCUUUCGUGUCUGGCUUGUAAUUACUUACUCAAUAAAUUCUUCGGAAUUUGUCUCUUUUGGAUUAAAGUCGAAACGUUUGAUUGUACUCCGUAUAAUUUUCCAAUUCUUACUACACGUCUACACGGUUAAAAAAUUAAAAAGAUGAAAAAUAUAAGUGCUACUUUGAUUAGAGGUUAAAUAUUACUCUCCCCGUCGCUUAAAACUUUGUCAUCUUCCAUUUUAAUCAAUUAUUUUGUGGUUUCUC